CACACCAAGACUUACUCCGUUAAAGCAUCAGGGCAAUGGUCCUCAGUGGGGGGUUAGUCCUGGGACUCCACACCUUGAUGAGCCUCCUGAGCCCCCACGAAGCUGGGACCAUCAAGGCUGAUCACAUGGGCUCCUAUGGACCAGCCUUCUACCAAUCUUAUGGUGCCUCGGGUCAGUUUGCCUAUGAAUUUGAUGGGGAACAGCUAUUCUCUGUGGAGCUGAAGAAGAGGGAAGCUGUGUGGCGUUUGCCUGAGUUUGGCAACUUCGCCUACUUUGAUCCACAGAAUGGGCUGGCCAGCAUCACAGUGAUCAAAGCCCAUCUGGAUGUCUUGGUGGAACGCUCCAACCGCACCAGAGCCACCAAAGUGACUCCGAGGGUGACUGUACUCCCCAAGUUUCGAGUGGAGCUGGGCCAACCCAACAUCCUCAUCUGCAUGGUGGACAACAUCUUCCCCCCUGUGAUCAAUAUCACCUGGUUACGCAAUGGUCAAAUAAUCACCGAGGGGGUGGCCCAGACCAGCUUAUACUCCCAGCCUGACCAUCUGUUCCGCAAGUUCUACUACCUGACCUUUGUGCCUUCAGAAGACGACAUGUAUGACUGCAAGGUGGAGCACUGGGGCCUGGAUGAGCCUCUCCUCAGGCACUGGGAGCCCCAGGUGCCUAUCCUGCUGCCAGACACCACCGAGACUCUGGUCUGGGCCCUCGGCCUGGCCCUCGGCCUUGUGGGCUUUCUUGUGGGCACCAUUCUCAUCAUCAGAGGCAUAUGCUUGUCCAGUGCUCCCAGGUAAUGAACCUUCUGAGAAAAACAGAUUGUGGGGGACACCUGACGGAUUCCUCGCAAGUUUCGGACAGUCCUUGUGUACUCAGUGCCUCGGUCUUCUAAGCAUAUCCCCACUGUGCUGACUUUGGAUGGGAUCAACCUCUGUCCUAUAGGUCUCCUCUCUUGGGCCUGGUAUCCACUGCAGGACUUCUGGGGCACUUGCAGGUCAGCAACAAGUGCCCCUUCCCACUCCCAACACACACACACACACACACACACACACACACACACACACACACUCUUCUUGCUCUACUCAAAGCUCUGGCUAGCAGCAGUAAAAUUUUUUAUUUUUAAUUUUUUUUAUU